CUUAGUAAAACUUCUUGGUGUGUCACGCGUGAGUCGAGGGGCAGCUCAGCUGUCAGAGGGCUUAUCUGUUCAAACAACCCGGAACACACAUAUAAAGCCACAUUAAACGUUUAUUUCGUCUGCUGGCAUGGAGCAAGCAAAGCAGGAGGCUUUCGAUCAAGCCAGACAGCAGGUGAUCAAAGAUGGCUACGAGAGAGCAUUCGAGUGCAUCAAUAAAGGUCUUUCUGCAGACGAGACAGGGAACAAGACGGAAGCGCUGAAACUGUAUCAGCAAGGACGACAGCACCUCCUCAGGGCUCUAACUGUGCCCACUCAGGGCGAGGAAUGUGUGGGUCCCUCCUGGGAGUCAGCUAGACAGAUGCAGCGUAAGAUGCAAGAUACCCUUAACAACAUCACAACCCGUCUAGCCAAGCUGGAGACCACCCUGGACCCCUCACCCGAGACCGUAUCUCACACAGCACCUCAGAAGCUUUACCCUGAUGUGCCCAAACCAAAGCCAGAGAGGCCGGCUCCACAACAGGCGCAUGUUUCCAACGUUGGAGCCACAGGGGCUACGGGUGGGGCCACAGCACAAUGUAAUGAUUUAGGUGAACAGCCCCCUGCGUACACCGUGCAAGCCGCUGACGGCCACCUGUCCAUUUCUUACGGGACUGACUCGGGUGAGCUCUCACUUGUCGGUGACGAGUUUUAUAGCCAUUCGUCUAAUUCUACGCCUUCUCCUCAAAGUCUGGGGGAAGAUGGAGAGGAGAUCUUUUUCCUUCCCCAAGGGGUGCAGAUCUUUUUCGUUACCCCUGAGGGACACGUCAGCGCUCCCUCUUACCCAGGCUAUCUGCGCAUCGUGAGGUUCACCAAUGAAUCCUCGGUUAGAUAUCCAAACAGGCCACCUGGUUUCCUACAGGUUUGCGACUGGCUUUACCCCCUUAUGACCACUGACUCUCCAGUCCUGCUUUGCAACACGGGCGUCUACAUGUUUCCAGACAUGAUGGCUUCCACCCCUGGUUCCUACGUUGGGGUGGUCCUCUCCUCUGAACUUCCUCAGAAGGAGCGUGAGCUUUUCCAGGACAGUCUCUCUCAGAUGACCGAUCUGCGUGUCCAGGUGAGCUGCCCCUGUGUCCCUUGCAGUCCUACCUUAAACGCACCCGGGGCAGCUGAGGAAUCAGAGCAGGCAUCAGAUGGCGAAACAGAUACCAUUAACCUGGGCCAGAAGGUGCCAAUUGGGACAGCCGAAGCAGUACCACCUACUGCCGAGGAGGAGAAGGAUCUUCCAGAAUGGAGCGAGAAGGUGGCACAGGGAAUUUUGACAGGAGCUUCAUGGCUGAGCUGGGGGUUGGUGAAGGGUGCGGAGUACACAGGAAAAGCCAUCCAUAAAGGUGCAUCCAAGCUACGAGAGCACAUCACCCCAGAGGACAAACCAACCCAAGUCAGCCCAAACGUAGCCAGAAGCCUUAGUGUAGCCAAACAGGCCACCGGGGGUGCAGUGAAGGUCAGCCAGUUUCUUGUGGAUGGACUGUGUACUGUCGCUGGCCAUGUUGGCAGAGAGUUGGCACCCCAUGUAAAGAAGCACGGAGGAAAGCUUAUCCCAGAGUCUGUAAAGAAAGACAAAGAUGGCCGCUCCAAUAUUGAUGGUGCCAUGGUGGUCGCAGCAAGUGGAGUUCAAGGAUUUGCAACAAUGUGGACUGGGUUGGAGGUUGCAGCUAAAAACAUUGCAAAGAGUGUUGCUACAGAGACGGUUACCACGGUAAAACACAAGUAUGGGGCUGAAGCAGGCCAGGCCACAGAUCACGCUGUCAACUCAGCCAUCAAUGUGGGCGUCACGGCGUUCAAUAUCGACAACCUGGGAAUCAAGGCGAUGGUCAAGAAGACGGGCAAAGAGACUGCCCAUGCCAUUCUGUCAGACUAUAAAGUCAGGGAGCCAGGUAGUCAAGUUGAAAAACAAGACCAAAAAUAGCUUAAAUUGUUCGGACAUCUUUCUUUUUGGUGUCCAUUUUUAAGAGCAAACCAAAGGUUGUGCUUUAAGAAAUAAAUGAUGAACUGGACGGAUACUUUUGAUGUUAUUUGUGUACACGACUGAGAUUCCACUUUUGAAGACUUGAGAGACCACUUGCUACUAUACUAGAUAGAGCGAACUGUAGUACUGCCUAUACACUUUAUACUUCAUUCACUGUGCCGCGGUAAAUGCACUUUAAAAACUCUCUACCGCCAGACUGACAGCCCGGACUGAGAUGCGGUUUUCCUGAUCUUGCCUUAUGUUUCGCCAGCAAUGUGAACUUAUCAAUUUGAUAUAAACCAUGACUUAAUGGGCUCCACCAGAACGUAAAAAAAGUCUAAAACCUUUUGUUUCUUAUAAAUGGACUCCUAAAAAGGAUGUUAUCCCAAAAUGUGUUUUCCCGUAAAGCCUUAACAGAUAAAAUUCCUAUAUUUAAUAUAAGUGCUUAUGUCUCUGAGCUGUGUAUAGCAUAUCUAUAUUAGAAUUCUUUAUAGCUGGUUUUUAUUAGCAGUUUGCUAUCCGUACUUUGAGUGAUGUUUUAAUGAUAUUAAAAAGCACUUUAACCCCGGUUAAGAACAGACAUAAACAUUUUGGAAGAUGUGUGGUAGAUAUUCCUGUGUACUAUACUCUUUGUGCAUUAAAUAGAAAAGCAUUUGAAGUCUGUUGAUUACAAUAUCUGAUCUUUUGAGGUUAGAUGUUGUGAAAUGCAGUUUAAUCAAAACCGUUUUGGAAAUGUUUAAAAACAGUUAUUAAAGUAUAUUUAUUUUAAUAUUUUAAAUAAGUAUAUAUAAAUAUUCUAUACUAACUUCAUUAAACUGUAACACACCACGUACUGUAUGUGUGAGUGUGUGUGUUUAGGAGUUUUGAUUAACAAUGUUGGCUUUCCUUUUUUCGAUUACAUUACCUGUUUAAUUAUACACAAUUGUAGUUAUGUCAAAACAUUUCAGUUUAACAAACAGGUCCUAAACUACAGGGAACAAAAUAUACAUCUGCGUGUAAAUCCUUAUGGCACUAUAUGGGGCGGUUUCCCAGACAGGGCUUAAGAUUAGUCCAAGACUAAUUUACAUGUUAAAGUUUGUCUUGAUCGACAAAAACUAUCACUGACAUAUCUUACAAUAUAUCACUACGAUUUAAGGUACAGACCAGGUUUUUUGUGUACUAUGUUUUUGAAAACGACUUAAAUAUCCUUAUUUAACUAAGGCCUAGUCCUGGCCCAAUCCCUGUCCUGGAAACCACCUAUACUGUACAUGUCUAAUUUAAUUGUGCUAUAAGUUGUUUAACCAAAUUAAAAGUCAGUUUGCUGGCUGUCAGAAUUUAUGGUUUUCUGACUCCAUAAUAAAUGAUGUAUUUAAAACA